AUGUCUGACGAUCAUCACGACGACGAGCACUUCCACACCGGAGACUCGGGAGCCGCCGCCACCUUCCCAAAGCAAUGCUCGGCUCUUCGUAAGAACGAGCACGUCAUGAUCAAGGGACGUCCAUGCAAGAUCGUCGAAAUGUCGACCUCGAAGACCGGAAAGCACGGUCACGCUAAGGUUCACAUGGUCGCCAUCGACAUCUUCACCGGAAAGAAGCUUGAAGAUAUCUGCCCAUCCACUCACAACAUGGAUGUUCCAGUCGUCAAGCGUCGUGAGUACUUGUUGAUGGCCAUCGACGACGGAUUCUUCUCCCUUAUGGACCCAGAAACCUGUGACCAAAAGGACGAUCUCCGAGUUCCAGACAACGAAAUCGGACAACAAAUCCGUGACGCUUUCGAGAAGGAGGAGGGAUCCGUCCUCGUCCAAGUCGUCUCCGCCAUCGGUGAGGAGGCCGCUCUCGGAUGGAAGGUCAGCACCAAGGAAUAA